AUGACGACCCUCCCAACGAGAAGUGUCCUCCUCCGGACACCUCUUCAAUCAUGUCCACACAAAUACUCCCCCUAUCGCCACAUCACGCUCGACUUGCACCACCACCUCCACCUCCAUAAUCUACCAUCGAGAUCUCAAUUCUCAACCUCGGCGACUGCCCACGCCGCCGCCAGCUCCGCCGCCAGCAAAGACCGACCACGCGCGCGCUCUCCCACCCAACAUACCAAAUCCUCAACUCUCAUCGCACCCACACCCACACUCGAAACCCUCAGUCAAUCCCACCUCAAUGCCCCAAUCAGCACCUUCCCUCCACCGCUCGACACGCCCGACGCUCUGCCUGCAUCCGCAUCCACCCCGGACAAAUUGAAGCGACUCGUCGCCACCGGCCUCAAAAACGUAUACUACAACUAUCGGGCCUCAAUCCCGAUUCGACGUGAACUCGGUCUCCCCACGUACUUGCCCGUCUUGCCACCGCGCACUCGCGGCGUCGUUGGAUCCAAGGCUCAGACUCAGGCUCCCUCUCGCGAGUCCAAUGACACCAUCCAUCCCGAACUCAAGCUAGGCCGCGGGCGGUUCCAGCUCGUCCGACGCUCUGCCCGAGAUGUCCAGCGGAUGAUCCCCUUCACCCUGAUCCUGCUGAUCUGCGGGGAAUUCACACCGCUGAUCAUUCCGAUCUUCGGGAGCGCCAUCACCCCCGCGACGUGUCGGGUACCGGGACAAGUGGGCAAAGACCGCGAGGCUGGGUCCAAGCGGAGGAAUCUUGCGCAGCAGGCCUAUGCGGCGACCGUGGGCCGCACGGUCUGCCUGGCCGGAAGUGAGGCGGAGCGUGCGGUGCUGGUGGAAGUAUCGCGGAGAUCGUUUGCGCAGGAGGCGAGUGCGCAGCAGGUUCAGCAGGCGUGUGCGAUGUUUGGACUGGUGAAGAAGCAUGACCGGGCGCUGGGGGCGGUGCUGGCGGGAUUGGUGUAUCGGCCGAGACUGGUGCGGUAUCUGGAUUAUCUGGAACUGGAUGAUCGGAUGAUUCGGGAGGGAGGAGUGGAUGCGUUGAGUGCGGGUGAGGUUCGGAUUGCGGUGGAGGAACGUGGUGGUGGCGAUGUGGCGGCCAUGCUGACGGGGCUCAAGGCUGAGGCUAAAGAGCGUGAAUGGUUGAAGAGUUGGUUGAUGGAGAGACGAGCUUUGGCUGAGGUCUCAAGGUCCUGA